GUAAGUUAUAGGGAGAAAGUUAAAGGCGCGCAAGAACGAGAACUUCACACAGUGUUCGACAUGGAGAGGUCCGUUAAACUUGCUUUAGUAAUUGUAGCUAUUUCCAUGCUGGUUUCUUGCAACCCAACCGAAGCGUGGUACAAGCAAGUUUCCGGCCCAAGCUACUACUCGGUGGGCAGAGCUUCGGGUUUGCUGUCCGGGAUCCGGAGAUCACCAUAUGUUAGGAGGUCCGAGACCGAUUCGGUGGCGGACAGCGGAGAGUCUACGGUGAACAGCAUCAUCUCGGAACCGAGCAGUCGACUGAAUUCGGUCCUUAAAUCUAUGCCUAUUUGUAUCAAAGAUAUCACACCGAAUCUGCAGAGCUGCGAACUUGUUCAGGAUGGUUCAAGGUUAUUUCAAUGUAAAGCAGACGUGUUCGUAUCGCUUGACUCAUUGGACUGUGUGGAAGCAUGAUCAGCACCGCGAACGUGGAUGGACUGAUUAUGUUCGAUGGAACCGAAUGUUUCUUAUUUUCACAAAUAUGGUACAAAUGUUUUGUGUGAAAGUCUGUUUUAGCAUACUGUCAUGCGCAGUCUGA